AUGGAUUCUGACAUUAGACGAGUGGCAUCAUUGAAGAAGGAUGUUUUAUUCCUACAAAAACAGCACAGAGAAACACUGAGGAAACUGCAUGAGGAAAUCGAAGAAUUAAAACGUGAAAAUAAAGAACUGCACUAUCAGUCGAUAAUGGAGCCACAACAAUCUGAAGUAUCUCCAAAAUGCAGAUCUCAAACACAACAGCCCAGCUACAUAGAGCAGACCAGCCAUCCUCUGCAUGGUCUGCCAUCUCCAUUAGCAAAUCUAAGAGUGGAUACAGCAAGCACAUCUCAUCUUUUAAGAUCAGAUUUAAAUGCAAAAUCAAAAAGGGGGUUGAUCACAUCCUUGCUUCCCCUGCGGAUUGAUGGUGGUCCAUCUCACUCCCCCUAUGCCCCCACCCUGCAGGAGUGUGAGGUCAUCAUCAGACAGCUCUGUAAAAACAACAACUUGCAGUCCCAGGAGCUGCUACGCGUGAAGGCCAUCCUCAAAGACAUAAUAGUCAACAACAAGAAAAUGUCCCAAGAGGCUUACACACUGACCAAGGCCUACCUCUCUGAUGCAGACAGGCCCCCAGCCCCGAUUGGCAUGAGAGAAAGAGUAAUCUUGCCAGCCAUCAAACAGAGCCUAAACUCCAGAAUAGCAGAGAGGCAGAAGAAGGCACAAGCUGUGCUGAGAUCCCGUCUGAGAAGAGUGGUGCAGUAGGACACAGCAUUAUCAUCACAAAUUAUGCAUCCCUCAGUUUUGAACCAAGUGUGUUGGCUGUGAAUAAAGUAAAGAUGUAAAGUCUGUGAAUGAUACACUCUUGAGUUCCAUCUCACUA